AACACAUAAAGUAUGGAUAAAAAUGUAGAUGAAUUGGAAAAAUGGGGAUUCCCAUUGGUGGAGCUUUAUCGUAUGGCUUUGCAAUUUUACAAACAAAACUCUGGAAAGGCUUUGCAUCUCUCCUAUGAGGAUAAUCUAAAGUUGAUUGCAUUUAAACAACAACAACAAUGUGGUCCAUUCGAUCCCAAAACGGCACCCGAACUAGGGGUACUCGAUGUCAUUGGCAAAGAUCGUCGUAUGCAUUGGCAAAUGUUGGGUGAUAUUAGCCGUGAACAGGCCAUGGAAGGUUUUAUUGAUUUGCUGGAUACAAUGUGUAGUGCAUUCCGACCAUAUGUGGAAGCAGUACGAAAAAAUCGUGAUGAAACUUUGAAAGAAGAAUUAAAGCGUAUGGAAAAGGAGAAACAAGAAAAGGAACGUAAAGAACGGGAGCAGCAAGAAUUACUGGAAGAGGGUUAUAAGGAGGAAAUGCAACGUAGACAGCUGCAGGAUGCAUUGAAUAAACAAACAUAUCAACAGUUUAAG